UAUACGAGGAGAAUGAAUUCGAAAUACUUGAUUACUAGUCUACACAGAAGUUUGUGUUAUUUGACAUAUUGCUUGAUUCAACUAAUAAUCUCUACUAUGUUGCUAAUUUAUGUAAGAUGUUGAAUGACAAAAUUAGGUCAUUUUGGAUAGACACAAGUACUCUUAACUUUGAUAUAUCUAGAGUUUGGACAAACCUCCCGUUCUCAUUUGUGAGGGACUGUUGACUUUCACAAUUUGCACAGAUCUAGCACUCAAAGUAUUAAUGGAAGGAAGAGUAUUAUAAAUUAUUAUUUUAUAUUUUUACUCUAAUUAAAGGAAUUCUUCACAACAGCCUGGAAUGUGUUAGACUUUUGUGCAUUUUUGUCAAUCAUCUUGUGUAUAAGAUUGCAAUAUGAAGUAUAUUACGAUGAGAUUUUUGGGAUAUCCCUUAUUUCUAUGCGUUAUUUGUCAUUAACAGUGAGAAUGGUAGUCCUUCUUAAAUAGUAUAUUUAUUUUGUAUUAUAUAGGUCUUAUUUUGUAUAAAUGAUGUAAUAAUAAAGAGAUAUUUUAAUUUUUAAAAGAUCCAAAAAUCAAGAUCUUAGUAUCUUGGAUAUAAGUUCUGAGAUAUUAAAUGACU